AUGUCUGAACCCCAAGAAGUAUCCCCUCACCUGGAAAGUACCAAUGUACCAAUACGAUGUAUCCAAAAUGUGACACGACGUCAUUCCCUGGAAUAUAACGGAAGUAUAAUUUCGAGUAGUGUAUCAGAGGCGCGAACACCUCGGCCUCUUGCUGCCGAUAUUGAAGAAGAGGAAGAGCAAACCAGUGAACGUAGAAUCCAUUUUGUGUGUGCUCAUGCUGUAGUUCCUGCGCACCGUCCGUCUUUUUCCGAUAAUAUUAAGAGCACUUUCAACAAGCUUUUCUUAGUUCUCUCGCCCUAA